AUGGCCACGGGUCCGGCAACUCAAUCGUUGAAGUGUGUGGUGACCGGUGAUGGUGCCGUUGGAAAAACAUGUCUCCUGAUCUCUUACACCACCAACGCCUUCCCCGGGGAAUACAUCCCAACUGUAUUCGAUAACUAUACGGCCAGUGUUAUGGUGGAUGGGAAGCCCAUCAGCUUAGGACUGUGGGAUACUGCUGGACAGGAAGAUUACGAUCGCCUUCGCCCGCUCUCCUACCCCCAGACCGAUGUCUUCCUCAUCUGCUUCUCCAUCGUCAGCCCUCCCUCCUUUGACAACGUCAAAGCCAAGUGGUUCCCCGAAAUCGAGCACCACGCGCCCGGAGUGCCCAUCAUCCUCGUCGGCACCAAGCUCGAUCUGAGGGACGACCACGCGACCAUCACAACCUUGCGCCAGAGAAAGAUGGAGCCGGUAUCCUACGAGCAAGCGCUCUCCGUGGCCAAGGAGAUUCGCGCCCACAAGUAUUUAGAAUGUUCCGCCCUCACCCAGCGCAAUCUGAAGAGCGUGUUUGACGAGGCGAUUCGGGCCGUGCUGAACCCUCGACCCGCCACCAAGCAAAGGGGCAAAAAGUGCCUCAUCCUGUGA